AUGCUUAAAGCUCGUAUAAGCUUCUUAAACUUGAUACUUCAAUUAAAAACAAAAACGGAUCAAUUUCCACCGGAUAUUGAAUAUUCUGAUCAGACUUCUUCAGUCAACAUUAGAUAUUGGGUUCAUUCAAAACGUUAUUCAAGAUACUAUUGCCCUAUACGAGAAGUGCUAGAGAAUAAAUAA